AUCGCGAGAACUCCACUUGGUCUCCCUUCUGACGUUUUCAGUGGUGAUAGUCGCUUUUGUUAUCGCGAUAUUUCCGGCUACAUGGGAGCCCCGGCGGCCCGGGCUUCUGUGAAACAUGGCGGUCGACUGGGACCGUAACACAAGCAUGACUAUAUGAAGGAAGAGGAAGGUUUUCCUGAAGAUGAGGCGACUGAAUCGGAAAAAAACCUUAAAUUUGGUGAAAGAAUUGGAUGCCUUUCCAAAGGUUCCUGACAGCUAUGUAGAGACUUCAGCCAGUGGGGGAACAGUUUCUCUAAUAGCAUUUACCACUAUGGCUUUAUUAACAAUAAUGGAAUUCUCAGUGUAUCAAGAUACGUGGAUGAAGUAUGAAUAUGAAGUAGACAAGGAUUUUUCUAGCAAAUUGAGAAUCAACAUAGAUAUUACUGUUGCCAUGAAGUGUCAAUAUGUUGGAGCAGAUGUAUUGGAUUUAGCAGAAACAAUGGUUGCAUCUGCAGAUGGUCUAGUUUAUGAACCAGUAAUAUUUGAUCUUUCACCACAGCAGAAAGAAUGGCAGAGGAUGCUGCAGCUGAUUCAAAGUAGGCUGCAAGAAGAGCAUUCACUUCAAGAUGUGAUAUUUAAAAGUGCUUUUAAAAGUGCAUCAACAGCACUUCCACCGAGGGAAGAUGAUUCAUCACAGUCUCCAGAUGCAUGCAGAAUUCGUGGUCAUCUAUAUGUUAAUAAAGUAGCAGGGAAUUUUCACAUAACUGUGGGCAAGGCAAUUCCACAUCCUCGAGGUCAUGCACAUUUAGCAGCACUUGUCAACACUGACUCUUACAACUUUUCUCACAGAAUAGAUCAUUUGUCUUUUGGAGAACUUAUUCCAGGAAUUAUUAAUCCUUUAGAUGGAACUGAAAAAAUUGCUGUAGAUUACAACCAGAUGUUCCAAUAUUUUAUUACAGUUGUGCCAACAAAACUACAUACAUAUAAAAUUUCAGCAGACACCCAUCAGUUUUCUGUGACAGAAAGGGAACGUAUCAUUAACCAUGCUGCAGGCAGCCAUGGAGUCUCUGGGAUAUUUAUGAAAUAUGAUCUCAGUUCUCUUAUGGUGACAGUCACUGAGGAGCAUAUGCCAUUCUGGCAAUUUUUUGUAAGACUUUGUGGUAUUGUUGGAGGAAUCUUUUCAACAACAGGCAUGUUACAUGGAAUUGGAAAAUUUAUUGUCGAAAUAAUUUGCUGCCGAUUCAGACUUGGAGCCUAUAAAUCUGUCCAUUCUGUCCCCUUUGAGGAUGGCCACACAGACAACCACUUACCUCUUUUAGAAAAUAAUACACAUUAGCGCCUCCUGAGUGAAGGAGAUAAACUUUUUGCCUGAGACAUAAAACCUUUUUUAAUAAUAAAAUAUUGUGCAAUACAUUCAAAGAAAAGAAAAUAUGAGUGAGAACCUGGAAACACACUUAUUUAAAAAAAGAAAAAAAAAGGAAAAAAAAAAACAAACAAACGGAAAUCCUGUAUAUGUUGUGUCUGUUACAAAUGUCCUAGAAGAAAUUAUGCAGCUAAUCAGUGAAUAAGUCCAUCUGGAGUGUUGGUUUGAAGAGGACUCCUUCUGAUACUUUCACAACAAAUGGACAGUGUUGAACUCAAACCUUACUUCUUGAUAACAAAAAGCCUAAAGGAAGGAAAUGAAACCACAUCUAAAGAAAAAGGCAUUGAUAACUGCAAUUGUUUGCGUCCUUUUGUUUUUAAGAGAUAUGAUGUCAGAAUAAAAUAUGUAAAACAUAUGGAAAACCAGUCUAGACUUUAAAAAAUUGUGAUCAGGUCACAAUGUUAAUAAAGAAAACAGGGACUAGUCCCUGUGUUAUAGCCAUA